AUGCCGGAGUUGGGGUGCUCGGAGCUGUGGGGAAUCAUCAGCCUGCCCUAUGCAGAGAUCAGGGAGCCUUUUGAAGCCUGGUACAACCUCACGGGGGGGAAGAGCCGCAUCGAGUACUACGGUGGCCAAGUGGUCACCUACCAGUUUGGCUCCAUGGAGCCCUUCGGCGCCAGCUUCAAGGUGACCCCGGAGACCACGGAGACGGAGCUCAACGUCCGCAAGUGCUUCCGCAUCAACGGCACCAUCGGGGCCCUCAUCGCCCCCCAGAGCGUCUUCCCCAGCCUGGAGAACUUCAGGCGCGUGCGGGAGGAGCGGUUCCGAGGGCAGCGCUGCGCCGUGUGGCAGAACGUCUCCUACUGGGGGCACAAGAAGAACGUGUACACGCUGCGGGUGGGCAGCUCUGCCCACGGCCCCGUGCCCCUGCACUACGAGGUGAGGGGCUUCAACAGCCUCCUGGGCUCCCACUACGACAAGUACGAGAUCGACUAUUCCUCCUUCAGCCACCGCUUCCCGCCCGGCGUCUUCCAGCUCCCCGAGGGUGAGCAUCCCUGGUGUGAGCAGUGGCCCACGGGCAGCCCCGAGCACCUCCUCGUGGCCAACCCCAUGCAGGAGUUUGUGGGGAGGGGGCCGGACACAGACCACGUCCACCACCACCUCUUCCACCGCUACAAGGAGCAGUUUGGGAAGAGCUACGGCAGCGAGGAGGAGCACGAGCACCGCAGGCACACCUUCAUCCACAACAUGAGGUUCGUGCACUCCCGGAACCGCGCCGCGCUCUCCUACACGCUGGCCCUGAACCACCUGGCCGACCGCACGCCCCAGGAACUGGCAGCCCUGCGGGGCCGCCGGCGCAGCGGGGACCCCAACAACGGGCAGCCCUUCCCCACCCACCUCUACACCGGCCUCACCCUGCCUGAGAGCCUCGACUGGCGGCUCUAUGGCGCCGUCACCCCCGUGAAGGACCAGGCUGUCUGCGGGUCGUGCUGGAGCUUUGCCACCACGGGGGCCAUGGAAGGUGCCCUGUUCCUCAAGACCGGCGUGCUGACCCCCCUGUCCCAACAAGUCCUCAUCGACUGCUCCUGGGGCUUCGGGAACUACGCCUGUGACGGGGGGGAGGAGUGGAGAGCCUACGAGUGGAUCAAGAAACACGGUGGCAUCGCCAGCACCGAGUCCUACGGGCCCUACCUGGGGCAGAAUGGCUACUGUCACUGUAACCAGUCGGAGCUGGUGGCCCCCCUGGCUGGCUACGCCCGCGUGGCACCGGGCAGUGCCGUGGCCCUGAAGGCUGCGCUGGUCAAGCACGGCCCCGUGGCCGUCAACAUCGAUGCCUCCCACAAGUCCUUCGCCUUCUACGCCAACGGUGUCUACGAGGAGCCCCUCUGCGGAAACGAGACGUGGGCACUGGACCACGCGGUGCUGGCCGUGGGCUACGGGGUCCUGCAUGGCAAGGGCUACUGGCUCAUCAAGAACUCCUGGUCCACCUACUGGGGCAACGACGGCUACAUCCUCAUGGCCAUGAAGGACAACAACUGCGGCGUGGCCACUGCCGCCUCCUUCCCCAUCCUGGCCUGAUGUCCCCUCCUGGGCAGCUCCAGAUGGAUGCAGAGCUGGCAGAGGGAGGUGGGGCACCGGGAGGUGAUUGUGGGGCAGCUCAGCUGGGAGGUCGGAGGAUGCUCCCAGCCCUCUGCAGAGGUAUUUAACCAUUUUAGCAAUAAAAAGCUGUAGAAGUG